GUGUGAUAAUGAUUUUGCAAUGAAAGGAGACGAUCCCUUGCAACUAAAAGGUGUUUGGCAUGGCACUUGUUUGGAAUUCUCGACAGUUGAUGCUAAAGAAUUGAGCAACUCUCUUUAUGAACAAACACUUGAUAAGAUUCAAGACACGGGACCACAGUCUUUUUCUGCAGUUUUAGAGUUUUCUAUUGACCAAGGCGAACGUAAAACUCUGGAAACUUUCAGAAACGAGAUUUUCCAGAGGACUUUAGCCCUCUUUACUGAUCAAAGUUAUAGUUUGGAGUACAAGGAAGUAAAGCUUCCUUUCUGUGAUAUUAUUGCUGCAGACGUUACAGAAUUUUGCUUAGUGAUAUCAGAGCAAACACGGAUAAGAUGUUUCGUCCUUUAUGACUUUGACUUUCGUCUUUCUCGCAUUAUAUUACUUCGCGAAUCUAGAGAAGCAACCAAGUUAAGAGCUGAUUCAGUAGUAAGAAGGUUAGCUGUUGAAGAAUACUGCGGUUGUUGGAUAGGUCAAGGCGUUAGGAUAAAAUUGACCAAUCCUGUUCAGGAGGAAGUUGCUAUACACUCGAUGGUUCGCAUCUUAUGGGACCAAGAAGCUGCUAUCAGAAAAAGUAUUUGCAUAAGGAGUCUUCAAAACGAAGAAACUAUUACAAAAGACAAACGCAAUGCGUCCGACUUCAAGUCUGACCGUUGGUUGUAUCUUCGAGAUAAUUCUCAAGACACUGUUACUUCCUAUGGCAGUCUUGUAAAUGAGUACAUGGCAACCUUUUCUGUUGAUAUGGAACAGAACGUUCUAUUUUUGCUUCCAUUUGAAUGUUUUCUUCAAGCUCCAACUUUUCUUCAUGCAGAUCAUGCCUUUCACUUUGAAUUUGGAUGUAUGAUCAACAGAAGUUGGAGAAAACGCCAAUCCAGGUUAUAUAGUAGAAGAGGAUUUCCUUUGAGUGGAUUGUUAGUUUCGGAACAAUCGUCGGAUUAAGAGAUAGAGAAUUGAAAAGGUCUUUGGGUUAUAAAUUUGUAAUUUUGUUG